AUGUCUGCCGCCAGGCUCUGCAACAGGUUCGAUGUCAUGGCAUUAAUUGUUCAAGGGUCGUUGAUCACAAUCUGUGCCACGUCGGGAUUUUCCCAAUAUAAAGCACAUUCAGAUGUCGAUGUUUUUAAGCUGUCAACUACGUAUAUGAUAAUUCUGACUGCCGCAGACGAGAACUGGAUAGCUCGAAACAUGGCCAUAUCAAUGCGCUCUAGCGAGGCGACUCAGAUGCUUAUUUGGGAGAACUUCGUCGGUAAACCGCCAAAUCAGACUGGGCAAAUUGCACGCAAAGAUCUUCACUUGUCAAUGCAGGUCCUAGACACACAGAUAGCGGUCGACGACAACAAGAAUAGGAGUGCUGAUACUUUGUGCGGUUGGCAGUCGGGAGUCGGUUUGGAACUAGGGCAAGAAAAUAGGUUCCGGAGGGCGAUUCAGACAACUGCAAUAUUAACAUCUUGGCAAAACCACUAA